AUGGACGACUUGUCCUCUGGCAACAGCUGCCCCGACAUGCAACGCAGCAUUUCAGAAUCUAAAUGCGACCAGAGCCUCUCAGAAGGCCAUUUCCCCUCUGAGGAUGGUCCUGGCUGUGAGGGUAUCACACCCAGUGAAGAUUUGCCCUCUGAGGGGCCUUCCUCCCUCCCUCCUGUCCAAGGGGCAUGUGGAACCAGCAGUGUCAGGGGACCCAUGGGGAGAAGAAAUAGAAUAAAGGAGAAGCCAGAAGACCUUGGUGAAAAAGCCAUCUUGGAGAUCAUGUACACCUAUCUCAACUGCCUCCAUGAAGACUCCGUUGCUAACUGGCCGAAAAGUGAUGACUACCAGAGGAUGGACCAGCACCAACAGGAGACCAUCACCCAGUCAUUCUCUGAGUUGGAGGAUAUCAAGAAAGAGAUUAAGGAGUUUCUGGACAACCCAGAAUAUGAUGAAGAAGCUGACCCGGUGCUCCCUCAGUCUCCACAGGAGGAGAAUGUGGAUGAAUCUGCCCUCCCUAAUUCUUCUCAGCAGGAGGAUGUCCAGCCGAAGACUCUCCAAGAUGACAACAAUGUGCGCCCUGAUUCACCUCAGGGGGAGGAUGUAGCUUACUUUGUACCCCCUGAGUCUCCUCAAAAGGAUGAAGACAACUYUGUGCCCACUGAGUCGCCUCAAGAGGAGGAGGAUGUCCAGCCGUCCAGCUGCGACCUUUCCCAUAUGGAUCAGAUCAGUCCUGGAGAGCAGGAGGCUUUUCAGGACUCGCCCAAGUGUCAACGAGUAGAAAAUGGAGAUAUCAAGCAGUUCCUAAAAAUGCCUCCUGGGCUUGAGGAGGAUGAAAUUGUUGAGUUGGAAAGCCAGGAGACUGGUACUGCUGAAAGCUUCCCAGUCUCAGCAUUGCAGUCAGAGGAGGGGGACCUGCCUUCAGAUAAAGAAGGCACCUCCUGCCUGAAUUUCCGGGGCUUCUUCCACUGGUUCAGGAAGAGAUUGGUAUCCUCCCUGCCAGGGAGAAAGCGCCGUGGGAAGGCUAAGAAGGUCUCAUCCUGCUGCCACUAA